AUGACUACCAUGGAUCUCCGCGUCGGUAACAAGUACCGGAUCGGUCGCAAGAUCGGCUCUGGUUCUUUCGGUGACAUUUAUCUCGGCACCAACAUCAUCUCCGGUGAGGAGAUUGCCAUCAAGCUGGAGAGCGUGAAGGCCAAACACCCUCAGCUAGAGUACGAGGCCCGCGUUUACAAGUCUCUCGCCGGUGGCGUCGGUAUCCCCUUUGUCCGCUGGUUCGGCACUGAGUGUGACUACAACGCCAUGGUCCUCGACCUUCUUGGCCCCAGCUUGGAGGAUCUGUUCAACUUCUGCAACCGCAAGUUCUCUCUGAAGACUGUCUUGCUGCUUGCUGAUCAGCUCAUCUCCCGCAUCGAGUACAUCCAUGCCAAGUCGUUCAUCCACCGCGACAUCAAGCCUGACAACUUCCUUAUGGGGAUUGGCAAGCGUGGCAACCAGGUCAACGUGAUCGAUUUUGGUCUUGCCAAGAAGUACAGAGAUCCCAAGACUCACUUCCACAUUCCUUACAGAGAGAACAAGAACCUUACUGGCACUGCCCGUUAUGCCUCCAUCAACACGCAUCUCGGCGUCGAGCAGUCUCGCCGUGACGACAUGGAGUCCCUUGGCUACGUCAUGCUUUACUUUUGCCGCGGUUCCCUCCCGUGGCAGGGCCUUAAGGCUGCCACCAAGAAGCAGAAGUACGACCGCAUCAUGGAGAAGAAGAUGACCACUCCUACCGAGGUUCUUUGCCGCGGCUUCCCCAACGAGUUUGCCAUCUACCUCAACUACACUCGCUCCCUCCGCUUCGAUGACAAGCCUGAUUACAGCUAUCUCCGCAAGAUCUUCCGUGACCUGUUCGUCCGCGAGGGUUUCCAGUACGACUACGUCUUUGACUGGACCGUCUACAAGUACCAGAAGAACGCCCAGGCUAUCCAGCAGGCUGCUGGCAACUCCAGCCAGCCCCAGCCUGCGGACUCCAAGGAGGCGGCCCAGGCUGCUGCUCGUAAGGACCCUCAGCAGGCCCUGAGGAGCGGAUCCAGGAAGCCCAUGACCGGCGAGACACCUGAGACCAGCCGUGCCGUCGGUGGCAGCGACAGGAUGUGA